AUGGUGAAAACUCCAGCUUUAGACCCCAGCACCGGACAGGGUUUCGUGGCAACGCAGCGGGAGGAUUCCUACACGGCGAUUGACCCUUUGCAGUGGGACUUCACCGGCCGACACGUGCUCAUUACUGGCGCUGCUCGGGGCCUUGGACGAGCCGAAGCCAUCUCGUACGCCCGAGCAGGAGCAUCGGGAAUCGUCCUCCUCGACAUCCUGGACUCUAAACCUGUCGAAGCGGACCUGCUGGUAGCGGCGAAAGCAGCGGGGCGCGCUGAGCCGAAGCUCCUCUCCCUGAGGGUGGACGUGACCGACGAACAAUCGGUAGCAGAGGCGGUCAAAGCGGUUUCUGACGCAUUCGGCAGCCUGGACAUCGUGGUCAACAAUGCCGGCGCCAUCACCUACGUGCCGAUCCUGGAGACGGAUGCCGCGACGUGGUGGAAGUGCUGGGAGGUCAACGUCAAGGGACCCUUUCUGAUCGCCCGUGGCUUCCUUCCGCUGCUCUUCAAGGGUCGCGAGAAGACCAUCGUCGUCUUAUCCAGCGUCGGCGCUCAUUUCACGUUGCCCGGCGGCUCGGCCUACGAGACGUCCAAACAGGCCGUGCUCAAGCUCAACCAAUACCUCACCCUAGAGCACCAGUCCGAAGGCAUCCUGGCUUACGCCAUCGCGCCGGGCGGCGUCCUGACGGAUAUGGCUAAGGGGUUCCCCCAGGAUCUCCUCAAUCGCCUUACGGACACGCCGGAGAUGGUGGCGGAUACGUUGGUGUUUUUGACCAAGGAGCGCCGGGAGUGGUUGGCGGACAGAUACAUCGACUCGCGGUGGGACGUGGAAGAGCUGCUGCAGAAGAAAGAUGAGAUCGUCUCCAAGGAUUUGUUGAAGGUCAGGAUGGCUCUAUGA